AUGCCUCACAUCCCGCUGACACAUCGAGAGGAACGCGGAGUUCAUUGCUUCAAAAGGCUCAAGACGUAUGCCAACUUUCCAGAAGCACCUCAGGAGGAGGCUUCUCUCAGCAAUAGGCUCAAGACGUAUGCCAACUUUCCAGAAGCACCUCAGGAGGAGGCUUCUCUCAGCAAUAGGAUCAAGACGUAUGCCAACUUUCCAGAAGCACCUCAGGAGGAGGCUUCUCUCAGCAAUAGGCUCAAGACGUAUGCCAAAUUUCCAGAAGCACCUCAGGAGGAGGCUUCUCUCAGCAAUAGGAUCAAGACGUAUGCCAACUUUCCAGAAGCACCUCAGGAGGAGGCUUCUCUCAGCAAUAGGAUCAAGACAUAUGCCAACUUUCCAGAAGCACCUCAGGAGGAGGCUUCUCUCAGCAAUAGGCUCAAGACGUAUGCCAAAUUUCCAGAAGCACCUCAGGAGGAGGCUUCUCUCAGCAAUAGGAUCAAGACGUAUGCCAACUUUCCAGAAGCACCUCAGGAGGAGGCUUCUCUCAGCAAUAGGCUCAAGACCUAUGCCAACUUUCCAGAAGCACCUCAGGAGGAGGCUUCUCUCAGCAAUAGGCUCAAGACCUAUGCCAACUUUCCAGAAGCACCUCAGGAGGAGGCUUCUCUCAGCAAUAGGCUCAAGACGUAUGCCAACUUUCCAGAAGCACCUCAGGAGGAGGAUUCUCUCAGCAAUAGGCUCAAGACGUAUGCCAACUUUCCAGAAGCACCUCAGGAGGAGGCUUCUCUCAGCAAUAGGCUCAAGACGUAUGCCAACUUUCCAGAAGCACCUCAGGAGGAGGCUUCUCUCAGCAAUAGGCUCAAGACGUAUGCCAACUUUCCAGAAGCACCUCAGGAGGAGGCUUCUCUCAGCAAUAGGCUCAAGACGUAUGCCAACUUCCCAGAAACACCUCAGGAGGAGGCUUCUCACAGCUAUAGGCUCAAGACGUAUGCCAACUUUCCAGAAGCACCUCAGGAGGAGGCUUCUCUCAGCAAUAGGCUCAAGACGUAUGCCAACUUCCCAGAAGCACCUCAGGAGGAGGCUUCUCUCAGCAAUAGGCUCAAGACGUAUGCCAACUUUCCAGAAGCACCUCAGGAGGAGGCUUCUCUCAGCAAUAGGCUCAAGACGUAUGCCAACUUCCCAGAAGCACCUCAGGAGGAGGCUUCUCUCAGCAAUAGGCUCAAGACGUAUGCCAACUUCCCAGAAGCACCUCAGGAGGAGGCUUCUCUGAGCAAUAGGCUCAAGACGUAUGCCAACUUCCCAGAAGCACCUCAGGAGGAGGCUUCUCUCAGCAAUAGGCUCAAGACGUAUGCCAACUUUCCAGAAGCAUAUCAGGAGGAGGCUUCUCUCAGCAAUAGGCUCAAGACGUAUGCCAACUUUCCAGAAGCACCUCAGGACGAGGCUUCUCUCAGCAAUAGGCUCAAGACGUAUGCCAACUUCCCAGAAGCACCUCAGGAGGAGGCUUCUCACAGCUAUAGGCUCAAGACGUAUGCCAACUUUCCAGAAGCACCUCAGGAGGAGGCUUCUCUCAGCAAUAGGCUCAAGACGUAUGCCAACUUCCCAGAAGCACCUCAGGAGGAGGCUUCUCACAGCUAUAGGCUCAAGACGUAUGCCAACUUUCCAGAAGCACCUCAGGAGGAGGCUUCUCUCAGCAAUAGGCUCAAGACGUAUGCCAACUUUCCAGAAGCACCUCAGGAGGAGGCUUCUCUCAGCAAUAGGCUCAAGACGUAUGCCAACUUUCCAGAAGCACCUCAGGAGGAGGCUUCUCUCAGCAAUAGGCUCAAGACGUAUGCCAACUUUCCAGAAGCACCUCAGGAGGAGGCUUCUCUCAGCAAUAGGAUCAAGACGUAUGCCAACUUUCCAGAAGCACCUCAGGAGGAGGAUUCUCUCAGCAAUAGGCUCAAGACGUAUGCCAACUUCCCAGAAGCACCUCAGGAGGAGGCUUCUCUCAGCAAUAGGCUCAAGACGUAUGCCAACUUUCCAGAAGCACCUCAGGAGGAGGCUUCUCUCAGCAAUAGGCUCAAGACGUAUGCCAACUUUCCAGAAGCACCUCAGGAGGAGGCUUCUCUCAGCAAUAGGCUCAAGACGUAUGCCAACUUUCCAGAAGCACCUCAGGAGGAGGCUUCUCUCAGCAAUAGGCUCAAGACGUAUGCCAACUUUCCAGAAGCACCUCAGGAGGAGGCUUCUCUCAGCAAUAGGAUCAAGACGUAUGCCAACUUUCCAGAAGCACCUCAGGAGGAGGAUUCUCUCAGCAAUAGGCUCAAGACGUAUGCCAACUUCCCAGAAGCACCUCAGGAGGAGGCUUCUCUCAGCAAUAGGCUCAAGACGUAUGCCAACUUUCCAGAAGCACCUCAGGAGGAGGCUUCUCUCAGCAAUAGGCUCAAGACGUAUGCCAACUUUCCAGAAGCACCUCAGGAGGAGGCUUCUCUCAGCAAUAGGCUCAAGACGUAUGCCAACUUUCCAGAAGCACCUCAGGAGGAGGCUUCUCUCAGCAAUAGGCUCAAGACGUAUGCCAACUUUCCAGAAGCACCUCAGGAGGAGGCUUCUCUCAGCAAUAGGAUCAAGACGUAUGCCAACUUUCCAGAAGCACCUCAGGAGGAGGAUUCUCUCAGCAAUAGGCUCAAGACGUAUGCCAACUUCCCAGAAGCACCUCAGGAGGAGGCUUCUCUCAGCAAUAGGCUCAAGACGUAUGCCAACUUUCCAGAAGCACCUCAGGAGGAGGCUUCUCUCAGCAAUAGGCUCAAGACGUAUGCCAACUUUCCAGAAGCACCUCAGGAGGAGGCUUCUCUCAGCAAUAGGCUCAAGACCUAUGCCAACUUCCCAGAAGCACCUCAGGAGGAGGCUUCUCUCAGCAAUAGGCUCAAGACGUAUGCCAACUUCCCAGAAGCACCUCAGGAGGAGGCUUCUCUCAGCAAUAGGCUCAAGACGUAUGCCAACUUUCCAGAAGCACCUCAGGAGGAGGCUUCUCUCAGCAAUAGGCUCAAGACGUAUGCCAACUUUCCAGAAGCACCUCAGGAGGAGGCUUCUCUCAGCAAUAGGCUCAAGACCUAUGCCAACUUCCCAGAAGCACCUCAGGAGGAGGCUUCUCUCAGCAAUAGGCUCAAGACGUAUGCCAACUUCCCAGAAGCACCUCAGGAGGAGGCUUCUCUCAGCAAUAGGCUCAAGACGUAUGCCAACUUUCCAGAAGCACCUCAGGAGGAGGCUUCUCUCAGCAAUAGGCUCAAGACGUAUGCCAACUUUCCAGAAGCACCUCAGGAGGAGGCUUCUCUCAGCAAUAGGCUCAAGACCUAUGCCAACUUCCCAGAAGCACCUCAGGAGGAGGCUUCUCUCAGCAAUAGGAUCAAGACGUAUGCCAACUUUCCAGAAGCACCUCAGGAGGAGGAUUCUCUCAGCAAUAGGCUCAAGACGUAUGCCAACUUUCCAGAAGCACCUCAGGAGGAGGCUUCUCUCAGCAAUAGGCUCAAGACGUAUGCCAACUUUCCAGAAGCACCUCAGGAGGAGGCUUCUCUCAGCAAUAGGCUCAAGACGUAUGCCAACUUUCCAGAAGCACCUCAGGAGGAGGCUUCUCUCAGCAAUAGGCUCAAGACGUAUGCCAACUUUCCAGAAGCACCUCAGGAGGAGGCUUCUCUCAGCAAUAGGCUCAAGACGUAUGCCAACUUUCCAGAAGCACCUCAGGAGGAGGCUUCUCUCAGCAAUAGGCUCAAGACGUAUGCCAACUUUCCAGAAGCACCUCAGGAGGAGGCUUCUCUCAGCAAUAGGCUCAAGACGUAUGCCAACUUUCCAGAAGCACCUCAGGAGGAGGCUUCUCUCAGCAAUAGGAUCAAGACGUAUGCCAACUUUCCAGAAGCACCUCAGGAGGAGGAUUCUCUCAGCAAUAGGCUCAAGACGUAUGCCAACUUCCCAGAAGCACCUCAGGAGGAGGCUUCUCUCAGCAAUAGGCUCAAGACGUAUGCCAACUUUCCAGAAGCACCUCAGGAGGAGGCUUCUCUCAGCAAUAGGCUCAAGACGUAUGCCAACUUUCCAGAAGCACCUCAGGAGGAGGCUUCUCUCAGCAAUAGGCUCAAGACGUAUGCCAACUUUCCAGAAGCACCUCAGGAGGAGGCUUCUCUCAGCAAUAGGCUCAAGACGUAUGCCAACUUUCCAGAAGCACCUCAGGAGGAGGCUUCUCUCAGCAAUAGGCUCAAGACGUAUGCCAACUUUCCAGAAGCACCUCAGGAGGAGGCUUCUCUCAGCAAUAGGCUCAAGACGUAUGCCAACUUUCCAGAAGCACCUCAGGAGAAGGCGUCUCUCAGCAAUAGGCUCAAGACGUAUGCCAACUUUCCAGAAGCACCUCAGGAGGAGGCUUCUCUCAGCAAUAGGCUCAAGACGUAUGCCAACUUUCCAGAAGCUCCUCAGGAGGAGGCUUCUCUCAGGAAUAGGCUCAAGACGUAUGCCAACUUCCCAGAAGCACCUCAGGAGGAGGCUUCUCUCAGCAAUAGGCUCAAGACGUAUGCCAACUUCCCAGAAGCACCUCAGGAGGAGGCUUCUCUCAGCAAUAGGCUCAAGACGUAUGCCAACUUCCCAGAAGCACCUCAGGAGGAGGCUUCUCUCAGCAAUAGGCUCAAGACGUAUGCCAACUUCCCAGAAGCACCUCAGGAGGAGGCUUCUCUCAGCAAUAGGCUCAAGACGUAUGCCAACUUUCCAGAAGCACCUCAGGAGGAGGCUUCUCUCAGCAAUAGGCUCAAGACGUAUGCCAACUUUCCAGAAGCACCUCAGGAGGAGGCUUCUCAGCAAUAG